AUAGCGCAGGUGCAAAGAGCAACUCUGGCUCCAGAGAACCGAGGGAGGAGAGCAGCAUUUCCCCAGAGCUACACUGUGCAUGCAGCAGGCAACAUCCUCCUCUGCUACAGGCAGACUAAAGCCACCGAUCCAUAUCUGUCUGCUUGGCUUACACAGGGGAAGAGACACACAGACUGCUACAGAGAGAGAGAGAGAGAGAGAGAGAAAGAGAGAGAAGAGGAAUACAAACGGUGAUCUAUCACAUCCCAUCCUGCUCUCCUUUUUCAGAGAAUUAUUUUAUUAUACUUAAUCCCCCACCCCCACCCUAUCCCCCAAAUAACUCUAAAGCAGAGGAAAAGGAAAACUGAAAGUAAUGUCUACUGGAGGAGACUUUGGGAACCCAUUAAGGAAAUUCAAACUGGUCUUCCUUGGGGAGCAGAGUGUGGGAAAGACAUCGCUGAUAACCAGGUUCAUGUAUGACAGCUUUGACAACACCUACCAGGCUACAAUUGGAAUUGAUUUUCUUUCAAAGACAAUGUACUUGGAAGACAGAACAGUGCGAUUGCAGUUAUGGGACACAGCGGGGCAGGAAAGGUUCAGAAGCCUGAUUCCUAGUUACAUUCGUGAUUCUACUGUAGCAGUAGUUGUCUAUGAUAUUACAAAUGUGAACUCAUUCCAGCAGACUUCAAAAUGGAUUGAUGAUGUCAGAACAGAGAGAGGGAGUGAUGUAAUUAUUAUGUUGGUGGGCAACAAAACAGACCUUGCAGACAAAAGACAAAUUACAAUUGAGGAAGGAGAGCAGAGAGCUAAAGACCUGAAUGUCAUGUUCAUCGAGACCAGUGCAAAAACAGGAUAUAACGUCAAACAGCUCUUUCGGCGUGUAGCUGCAGCCCUGCCAGGAAUGGAAGGAACAGAAGAGAAGAGCAAAGAAGGCAUGAUUGACAUCAAGCUGGACAAACCACAGGAGCCACCAGUCAAUGAAGGAGGAUGUUCUUGCUAAUAAAUUACAUUGGAUUGGCCAACGUUCAUUACAUCCACAAGCUUGUUGUGUUGCUUCCUAUUUUCCAAGCAGAGAUAUCAUAUUUGAGUUGAUACCUUUCUUGGGGGAGGGGCAUAUUUCAAUCGAAUAACCAUGGCUUCAUGCAGAAUAUUUCUUCUUUUUAUCUUCUGUUGUAAAAUAAUGUACUUUAUCAUAGGAAAAAAAUCUGCCAAAAAAAAUUUAAAAACUAAACAUGUAGUCGAUGGAGAACAUGUGUAUACAGCUUUUUUUGGAUAACUAGAAUGGUACGUUUCUUUUGUAAUUUUGUAUAUUUAUGGAAAAGCACUAAAAUGAUGUUCAUUGAUGUAGCGUUCACUAUUCAACAUUCAAUAAUCAAGGCAUUGUUGUGGCUCCAAAUGGAUACUGGGGUGGGAGGGGUACACAGAUUUGACUUUUAGCAGCUAGAUUCCUGAAUGUUUUUAGCAAAAGUGAUGGUGCCACGUCAAUCACUCCAAGCUGGGUAGAUGAGCAUGCUGCUGUAAGUUUAUUUAUCAUAUACAGCAUAGAUCAGCAGCAUUAUGUUGCGGUGUCAGUUCCAUGUAUCUAACAGAAUAGCUUUUUAGCCAAAUGUUCCUGUACAUAAAACCCAUGAUGAUGAGACAGCGCUUAGCCUUACGACCUUUCAGCUUUUUCCUUGCCUAUCUUGUUUAUGUCUUUUUCCUACAACUCCCUAGCUAUGUCUUUUAGCUUCUUAUUGUCUGUUUUUGUUGAAUCAUAUCUGUAGCAGAGAAUGAAAAAUUUGAUUUAUCUGUCUCAUGUACUUAGACUUAAUGGGAGGCCCUGGUUAAAUUAUACUGCUGCAUCUGAAAAGAAAGCUGCAGUCUGGGACUGCAGUUUAUGUCAUUCUCUUUAGCAUUAAUGGACCUUUAGCAGUGGAUCUAGCAUGAAUGCUUAUAAUUAUCUAAAUUCAAAGUUAUGGAUUCAGAAUCUUUGUGAUAUUAAUCUAUUCUUUGUACAUAUCCUAAUCAGAUUUGAAUUUUGAUUUAUUAUUUUUAAAAUGAA